AUGCAUAGCGCCCCCUUACCAGUAGAUUCCCCUUCCCUCGCGCAGCCCCCCGAAGCAGUUGGCGGAGCGGAAGGCUACCCCGCGCAACCCUUCGCGCAGCCUUUCGCGGAUCCUUUGGCGCAGCCGCAGAUGGCGGAGCGGGAGGCGGAGCCCUCCGCCGAUAGGGACUCCGCGGGCGCUGUUCCCGCGCCCGCCGCCGCUGCCCCGCAACCCCACCACCCGCUGCAGCCGCAGCCAUCGGCGCACGGCGGCGCCGCGCUGCCGCACGACGCGCAAGUCGCGCAGGCGGCGGGCGGCGGCUUCCGCGAGGGCUCGCGCGAGCGCGAGCGGGAGGCGGAAGGCGAGGCGCUGUCGGUGCGGUUCAACCAGGACUUCACGUGCUUCGCGUGCGGCACGCGCGGCGGCUUCCGCGUGUUCUGCUGCGACCCGCUGUGGGAGACAAUUCGGCGCGACUUCGAUGGGCGCGGCGUGGGCAUGGUGGAGAUGCUGUUUCGCUGCAACUUCCUCGCGUUCGUGGGCGGCGGCCCCAACCCGUGCUACCCUCCCAACAAAGCAAUGAUCUGGGACGACUCUCACAGCCGGUGCAUUGGAGAGCUCACCUUCCGCAGCGAAGUGAGGGGCGUGCGGCUGAGGAGGGACCGCAUUGUGGUGGUGUUGGAGCACAAGGUCUACGUCUACAACUUCGCUGACUUGAAGUUGCUUCACCAGGUGGAGACGCUGUCCAACCCUAGAGGGCUGUGCGAGGUGUCUCAGUCUCCCAACAGUUUCGUUAUGGCGUGCCCUGGCAAGCACCGGCAGCAGAUCCGUGUGGAGCUGUUUGACCAGCGCCGCACGCACUUCAUUGCAGCACACGACUCCGAGCCCGCCUGCAUCGCCCUCUCGCUGGACGGGCAGCGCCUGGCCACGGCCAGCAGCAAGGGCACGCUGAUUAGAGUGUUCAACACAGCUGAUGGCACGAAAUUGCACGAGCUGCGCAGGGGAGUGGAGAGGGCAGACAUCUACAGCCUGGUCUUCUCCCCCAAGGCGCCCUUCCUGGUGGCCGCCAGUGACAGAGGCACGAUUCACGUGUUCUCACUCCGGCACUCCCAGGAGAACGGGCAGGAGGAUGGGGUGGGGGGCGGGGAGGGGAAGCCGUCGGGGAGUGGUGGUGGAGCGGUGUCGGCACUUUCGUCGUUUGGGUUGAUGAAAGGUGUUCUCCCAAAGUACUUCAGUGACGAGCGCUCGCUGGCGUUCUAUCGGGUGGGCGUGCACACACGCAUGCUCGCUGCAUUUGGUGCCGAAGCCAACACCGUCAUUGUCGUCGGCAGCACUGGCGCGUUUUACAAGCUUCAGUUUGACCCGAAAACAGGCGGCGAGAUGAGGCUAUUGGAAGCGGCAAAUUUCCUCGCGACAGAAGACGAGCAGAUUUGA